UGCAGCCAGGCUAGGGGCACUCUGGUCCGUGCCACCCUCCAAGCCAGACAGACGGCAGGACGGGCAGACAGCUGCCUCUCAGACCACCGCGCAUUAUGGAGGGUCUGCACAUCUCAACCCUGGAAGAGGAAGGGGAGAUUAUGGAAGAGGAGAGUGAAAAAAACAGGGAGCGGGAAGAGGGAGGGAUGAAGGCCUCAUCUCCGAUGGGUUCCACCACGGACGAUGAAACAGAUGAGGACUCCGAACCGGAGCCCCCACAGGUCAGUCGGAGGAAGGUGUCAUUCGCAGAUGCAUUCGGGCUAAACCUGGUGUCAGUUAAGGAGUUUGACAACCCUGAAGUAGCAGAGUUAGACGUCAGCCAGCCCCCUAAAAAUGAGGCGACCCAUCCCUUCGAGGAGUUCUCCAUGUCCUGUCUGUUUACUGUUCCCUCAUCCCCAGAAGAGCUAGACCAGAGGCUCCAAGACCAGAUGGUUGAGCUCGAAAACAUCGAGCUCCUCCCGGGAACCACCACACUCCGUGGCAUGAUCAGGGUGGUCAACCUGUGCUACAGCAAGUCUGUCAAUGCCCGGAUGACCCUGGAUCGCUGGACAAACUACUUUGACCUGUCAGCGGAGUAUGUGCCUGGAUCCAGCGAUAGGAAAACAGACAGGUUUACCUUCAAGUAUACUCUGGUGCCUCCCUUUGAACGAGGGGGGACCAGAGUGGAGAUAUGUCUACGCUAUGAAACUUCAGUGGGCACUUUUUGGGCGAAUAACAAGGAAAUGAACUAUGUGCUGUUCUGCCACCGGAAAGGACAUGUAAAGGAGCAUGGGCCUCAAGUGCAAGAGGAGAGUAUCGGCUACAAGAGCAAGAGGAGCUGUCUCAAAGCUAUCAGGGACAUUCGUUCCUCUUGUUCUGGUCUGACUUGCUGCAGAAUAAAAGCUCUGGAAACGGGAUAA